AUGGCUAGUCUAUUUCUGAUCCAUCACCGCCACCUCCCUCUCUCCCUCUCUCCCCCCUCUCCCCCCUCCCGACCCUGGGUGGAGCGCAAAGUGGCAGACCUCCCCCGCUUCAAUGCCGUACUGAAGGGUGUGGCGGCCAGAGGGGCGUACGUUGUGUUCCUGUUGCGGCUGUCCCCUCUGGUGCCUUUCAACUUGUUGAAUUACGCUCUGGGCCUUACUGCCGUACCGCUAUUGCCGUACGUGGCGUCCUCGUGGUUGGGCAUGCUACCGGGCACGUUUGCGUACGUGUAUCUGGGUGGCGCGGGCAGGGCCGCGGUGUCGGCGGCGGCGGGCGGCGGAGGAGCGGUGGAUACGACGCAACUUGUCUUGUACGGUGUGGGCGCAGUCGCCACCAUCCUGGCCACCAGAGCCAUCAGCAUCGCCGCGACCAAGGCCCUGCAGGAGGAGCAGGAGGGGAAGGGGGAGGAGCGGGCUGCUGGGGACGACAAUGCGGAUUUCAGGCGAUGA